AUGCCUUGUGAAAUAUUCGAAAUACUCGUCACCAUCGCUCUAUUAGCACCAGUGCAUGCUUUUUUAUUUGAUGAUGCUAGAUUACAUGUACACACUGGAGUAGGGGAGAUUGCUGGAUACACGGUAGACUUACCAUUUGACGGCACGGUAUACACUUCUCGGCGGUUUCUCGGUAUUCCCUAUGCAGAGCCCCCUCUCGGAGACAAACGGUUCAGAAAACCCACAAUGAUGACCAAACUUCCAUCAUCACCAUUUAAAGCGUACACGCAUGGCCCCGUCUGUCCACAGCCCCUUGCCAGAAGUUACGGAUUAAAUACCUCUGAAGACUGUCUAUUUCUGAACAUUCACACGCCAAUGCCUACCGGUCGCACAACACAUUCUUGGCCAGUUAUGGUGUUCAUUCACGGAGGUGGUUUCAAUAUGGGCUUUUCUAACAUCUACGACGGCUCUGUCCUAAGCGCCAUGAAUCAUGUCAUCGUUGUAGCAAUAAAUUACCGUCUCGGACCGCUGGGAUUUUUUAGCACACACGAUCAGAACGCCCCCGGAAACUACGGUCUCUGGGACCAGCAUCUCGCCUUGCAAUGGGUAAAGAACAACAUUGGCCAUUUUGGAGGCGACCCAGACACUAUUACACUAUUUGGAGAAUCAGCUGGUGGAAGCAGCGUUGUUUAUCAAUCCCUCUUUGCCGGAAACAAAGGCCUCAUUAAGCGAGCAAUUGCACAGAGUGGGACCAUUGCGGGCUGGGCUGUUGACCGGUUUAAUAGCAGCUUUAAAGGUUCCAUGAACUUCGCACAUGCUCUUGGAUGUAACCAGUCAUCCUCAGCAGAUAUGAUGAUUUGUCUGCGCAAAAAACAGUCGUCUGAUAUUUCUUCAACUGCUGUUUCAGUACAGUUGCCAAUUUUUCCAAGCAACAAUGUCAACAGAUCGUGGAUACCUGUCUUGGACCAAGACUUCGUAAAAACGGAAACCAUUGGCUUACUGUCAAAGCUUAAAUCAACCAAUUUUAUUUCAAAUUUCUCCACUUUUACUGACAUCGAAUUCAUGAUUGGCGCCAAUAGUAAUGAUGGGCUUGUGUAUUUUCCAAACUGGCUUUUGUUCAUGAAUGUAACAUCAGAUGCAAGCGGGGAAUAUCCUGUUACUAUCGAGCAAAUAAAGGAUACAGUUGUACCUAGGAUUGCCCAGAUUGUUCUUGGAGAGAUGCCAACACAAUCUGUCCUUGACACUAUUGCCUUUGAGUACACGCCAUGGGCUGACCGUACGAAUACGACCCUCUUGCAAAAGACCAUGAUCGAUAUCUGUACAGAUAGUUUAUUGUACGCCCCGUCUCUGCUUACCGCCCGUGGUCAUCAGCGAGGGACAAAGAACACGUAUAUGUACAAAUUCUCUGUCGCACCGCCAAGGAAUUUCAUGCCGCCUCCUCCAAGUCUUCUAGGGGAGCGGGUAGCCUCGCAUGCAGACGAACUUGCGUUCGUGUUUGGGUUUCCGGUAUCGGGGCUAAUC